GUGAAAGCACCUUUGCCUCCUUCCACCCAGGCUGGGCUGGGCACCUCUCCUCGUCCUCCCUGAACCCUGUGGUGGCAUCUAAGCCCAGCAUGGCCAGAUGUCCGUUCUUGUCCAUCAGGGCCGCUCUUCCCCGUCUUGGAUCCCCAGGGUCUAGCAUGCUGAAUGGCAGCACAACAGACCUGCAGAAGUUCACGCUGAAUAAGUACACCAGGCAUUAUGCGAGGGUGGAGUUCGUAUUUUCCACCUGACACACUUUUGAGGCGUGGACAGGAGGUCCCGGGGACACAGUCUGGGAGGCCACCGGAAAGCCCCCUUGUAGGGUUCCGGAGCAGAGUUAGGACUGAAGAGAGUCAUUACUGGUGGGUGGAAGCCUGAGCCGAGGAACGGAGCCCCGGGCAGCAGAGGCUUCCAGUAGCGGAGCCCUGGAGAACAAGUACCUCAGCGGCACUGGCUAGCAGUUGGGCACUUUUGGGAAUGGUCGCCGUUCUUGUGAGCUCACAGCCCGGCAGGGGGAAAACAGACCCUUUGAAGGAGAAGCAGCUGGAAGGAUUGAGUCAGAUUAUUGCCAGAGGGCUGAAUGACAUCCUCCGGGACUUCAGUAACAAUGAGGAGGACUUCUUAAUGGUCAUGGAGAUUGUGGUCAGAUUGUCAGAAGACGCAGAGCCCACGGUGCGGACCGACCUGGUGGAACAGAUUCCUCCCAUUGCCGUCUUUUUACAAGAAAACAGAUCGAAUUUUCCAGGGGUGCUCGCGGACUAUCUUACACCGAUCGUAGUGAGGUACCUCACGGAUCCGAACAACCAGGUUAGAAAGUCAAGUCAGGAAGUGCUCUUGAUUCUUCUGGAACAAGAUCUAAUUUCCCAGCACGAUAUUGAAAACAAAGUGUGUCCGAUCCUGCUGGCACUCUCUGCCCCAGACAGCGACGACGAAUAUAAAGCAGAAGCCGUGAACAUCAUCUGCAAGCUGGCUUCGGUGCUGAACAAGAGCACAGUUGAACGCCUGCUGCUCCCUCGAUUCUGUGAAUUGUGUGGGGACGGGAAGCUCUUUCAAGUUCGGAAGGUGUGUGCUACAAAUUUUGGUGAUAUUUGUCAUGCCGUUGGACAAGAAGCCACUGAGAAAUUUCUGAUCCCAAAGUUUUUGGAGCUCUGCUCAGAUAAUGUGUGGGGGAUGCGAAAAGCCUGUGCGGAGUGCUUCAUGGCUGUGUCCUACAGCGCGUCCCCGGAGGUCCGCAGAGCCCAGCUGUCACCCCUCUUCAUCAGACUCAUCAGCGACCCCUGCCGAUGGGUGCGCCAGGCGGCCUUCCAGUCCCUGGGCCCCUUCAUUUCCACCUUUGCGAACCCCCCCAGGGCUGGCCUUUAUAUUGGAGAAGACGGCCCCCUCAGCAUCCGACCACCGGCUCGGGGCCUGGACUCUGAUUUCACCCCGGGGUCGCCCGGCACAGGCAGUUGUGGAAGCACGUCCUCGGCCUGUUCCGCAAGGCCGGUGCGCACGGAGCCAGACCUGCCCACGGAAGGCACGUCCGCGGGAACCAGCAAUUUCCUGUGCCGUAGCUCCUCUCGUGGCAUGAUGGGAAACUCAGUGGAAGACUCUGCCUUGGCUGGAGCUGAGCUGACCGGGCUCUCCCCAGAGGCCAGUGCCACCCUCAAGCUCCCUGAGAGGAACGACCUCCCCGUCAACAGCCACCCUGGACCCGGCUCUUGGACCUGCCCAGAGAGUCCUGAGGACGUAUUCAAUAAUUUCCUCUAUUGGCGGACUCCUCUCCCUGACAUAAGCAAGGACCUGGAAGAGCUGCUUCUGAGUGAGGCUGGGCCACGCGAAAAAGGCUGCAGCAGACCCGAGGCUGUGCAAGACAGCUGCGUGGCCAGGAGCGAGAUUCAGAAAGUCCUUGAUAGUUUACAGGAGCAUGUGAUGGAUGAUCCAGAUGUUCAAGCUCAGGUUCAGGUAUUAUCAGCUGCACUGAGAGCCGCACAGCUUGACUCUGUGAAUGAGCCCGCGCACCAGCCGACAGAAGGUCUAAAUGAAGUGUCCGCUUCAGAUCCCAGCCCUGCCUCUGACAAUCAGAUGGCUCUGUCGGCUUCAUCAUCACAGAAGGAGCUCUCCGUGGCCAGGAUAUUACAAAGCACAGACCCUGGCGAACCCUGCGGUGGAGUCAGGGACCCUCUGGAGACCGAGCAGAGGCAUCUCCCCGCCCCACUCGAGGAGAAUAAAUCUAAAUUACAGGAUGUGAUACCUCAGCCCCUGCUAGAUCAGUACGUGUCGAUGACUGACCCAGCUCGAGCCCAGACUGUCGAUACCGACAUCGCCAAGCACUGCGCCUACAGCCUCCCGGGGGUGGCGCUUACCUUGGGCAGGCGAAACUGGCAUUGCCUCAAAGAUACGUACGAAACGCUGGCUUCUGACGUGCAGUGGAAGGUGCGUCGGACCCUGGCCUUCUCUAUUCACGAGCUGGCUGCGAUUCUUGGGGACCAGUUAACAGCAGCUGACCUGGUGCCCAUCUUCAACGGAUUUUUAAAGGACCUGGAUGAAGUACGAAUAGGAAUUCUCAAACACCUGUAUGACUUUCUAAAGUUGCUUCAUGAAGACAAGAGGAGAGAAUAUCUUUAUCAGCUUCAAGAAUUUGUAGUGACCGAUAACAGCAGGAAUUGGAGGUUUCGAUACGAACUAGCAGAACAGCUGAUACUCAUUUUGGAACUCUAUAAUCCCCAUGAUGUUUAUGAUUAUUUAAUGCAUAUUGCCUUGAAGUUGUGUGCAGAUAAAGUUUCUGAAGUUCGAUGGAUCUCCUUCAAGCUUGUUGUGGCCAUUCUGCAGAAGUUCUAUUCACACAGUGAAAGUGCGUUGGGGUUAGCUUUCGUCCAUGAGCUCAUCGUAAGGUUCCGGCACUGUGCUAAGUGGGUUGGAAGGCAAGCUUUCGCUUUCAUUUGUCAGGCGGUGGUGAGCGAGGAGUGUGUCCCCGCAGACCAGUUUGUCGAACACUUACUCCCCAGUCUUUUAAGCCUCGUGUCAGAUCCUGUGCCCAACGUGAGAGUUUUACUAGCCAGAGCUCUGCGGCAGACGCUGUUGGAAAAGGCGUAUUUGAGAAAUGCCGGUAACCCUCAUCUUGAAGUCAUUGAAGAGACCGUCCUGGCCCUGCAGUCUGACCCGGACCCAGACGUGUCCUUUUUUGCCACUCUCCAACCCGAGCGGCGGAGUACUGCAGACAGCCGUGUGCUAGAAGAGCGGAACUAACCCCUCUGUGGUCGCGCACGCUCUGGGCACUUCGCACGCGGCACGGACUGCUCACCCCAGUUUGUCGGGGGGUCUGAUUGUGUCACACCUUCCGGGGGAGGAAAGAUUCCUGAAACUUUGAGGGCGGGCACUCAGAUGGCCCCUUCCCCCCCUCCCACAGUCACAGGGACUUCACCUGGGCCAGGCGCCAUGCUUCUGCGCCCCUCCCUGCCUGAUCAGGAGGUCCGGGCCAAGGUGGUGGAACCAGGUGGCUGGCUGGGGGUGGGGCCUCCAGAACAUCAGACUGCCCUCUCUCCGGCAGACCAGAUUAUUUAAGCCCCCCCCGCCCGCCCCCCACACACAUCAAGUAGUUUAUUAGAAGCUUUUAAGUCUUUAAUAGACUUGCACAUUUGGCUUCUCUUAUGCUUUCCUAUAAAAUAUAGUUUAUGGUAUCACAUUUUAUUUUUAACUGAAAUAAUGUACAUAUGUAAAUAGCUCUUGACAGGAAGAGCUAAUAUAUUAAGGUAACAUUAGCCUCCUAUCAGUGAGCAGAACAAAUACAUCAUUUAAAUUUAUGCUGCACUUUGAGUUACUGCAAAUAUAGCCCAAUUUGUUUACUUUUGAAAAAUGUGAUAGUUAAGGAAAUCUACUAAAGAAUGAUUUAUGGAAGUCUUUCUAAUAUUGUACUUUUGUAUAAACUGUACUUGGAACUUUUCCUCAGGCACUUACCCCUCCCCUUCUCGUAGGAACUGUAUCCAUAAAGACACGUACUGGCCUUUGACAGAGCAUAAAGUAGAAAGAUUUUUCGUUCUUACAUGGAUUCAUUAUCAUACAUUUGAGAGAAGGAAAUUGAUCAUUGAGAUGCCAUGGAUAUCGACUUUGUAUCUAAUGCUCUAGGAUCUUAACAGAAAGUAACAGAAAAAUAGGACCCCGCAGAUCUGAUCAGUUCAUAUACUUGCCAGUCGUUUGGGGGGGUAGAUUAUGACACCCUUCAACUUGACCUGAGUACACAGAACUUACAUUGCACGCUUUUAAAAUUUAGAGUGAGAGAAAGAUGCUCUGGAAACUUAAACGAGUUUUCCAUUAAUCAUUUAAGAUUCUACAGACGUUUGCUUAAAUUCUGUAGACUGUGUAUGCUCGUGUUCUUUUUAUUUCUAUCUUUGUCUUCUCGAAAGUAGGCAUCAAAGGAAGGAAGGAGAGGCCCAUUUGGGGUUCAAGAGCUGGCUGCAAAGGUCAUGUUGCUGUGGCCAUUCUCCCCUUGGAUCUUUUUCUUGUCCGUCUUUUCUUUCUCCCUUUUUUUAAAAAAUAAAAUCUUUGCAGCUAUA